AUGGCUCCACCACACGCGGUCGACCCCGAUAGCGACCAGGAUGGCGACAGCGGUUCUGCCGGUUCAACGUCGUCCUCUGUCAGCUACACUGCGAUGCCCCCUCAGUGGAAUUUAACGACGAGUCCCCACCCCGAAGACAUCUCAGAACGUCUGCGCAACCUCGCAGUUACAGAUCUGCGCGUGGGCUUCACGAGGCAGUCCUUUGCAGGCGAACCCAUCUCGACAAUGCACAGAAAUAUGGUGCAUAUCUACUUUUCCUUGCAGGAAGAUUAUGUGACGCGCAGCUGCACCUAUGAUUCUGUCACAAUACGACCCAUUCCGAGCCAUAGGUAUCUAGGAACCUGGCGCGAAGCCAACGUCUGGUUUAUGCCUACAAACGCCUUCUGGAGACCCCAGUUCAAUCGAAUGUGCGAGCUCAGGUUCUCCAACAGCACCACCAUCAACAACAUUCUAGAUACUAUGAUGGAUGGUGCCUUCCACAAAUUCAGCUUUGAUGUCAACGAUGAAGCUGACAUCUACGGCUCACGCGACUGGGUGCUCGUCGAACGCGAUUUCCUUGACCCCAAUAUCGUGUCGACGGAUCCGCUCGUACCGGGGCUAGAGGACACCAACAUCUUCACCAUCUUGGGCAAUUUAUACGUUGAACGACCCCGAGGCGGAGGCGAGCCAUGCCUGAUUCGAAGAGGCUAUUUUGAACGGUACCCUCGGAGAGUGCGAACCUUCAUGCGCUACGAUGACUUUGGAACGAACGAUGCUCCAAGGGAUGAACAUCCUCUCACAAAUGGUGUCAGUCGGCAUUCUGAGGAUUCUGACUAG